AUGGCGAAUACCUCUGAAUUUUCGAGAAACAUAGUCGGAGACAAUGCGACGAUUGUCCAGGGUGGUUUCCAUGCAACUUUCAACACUGGUUCCUCAGAGACGAACCACGCUUUUCUUGACAAAAUCAGUAAAACUGAUCCAUUGUACGACAAGAAGCGCAUUUUAGAAUUGAAGGGUCCUCUGUUACACGAAUCUUUCAACUGGAUUCUCGACCACGAGGGCUUCAAGAAAUGGCGCCACACGAAAGAGAGUACCGUACUUUGGAUUAAAGGUGACCCUGGAAAGGGCAAGACAAUGCUCCUCUGCGGCAUUAUCGAAGACUUGGAAAAGAUGCCCGAAGAAAAUCACAAUCUUGGCUAUUUUUUCUGUCAAGCCACGGACUCUAGGAUUAAUUCUGCUUCCUCAGUUGUAGCAGGCUUGAUCUUCUCCCUCGUCAAACGAAACCCGACGUUUUUUUCGCCUAUUUGCAAGCAACAUGAAGAUAAAUUAAAUCAACUUGAUGGGCCCAAUGCGUGGGCUGUUCUCGGUGACAUAUUCGAAGCAGUUACUCAAAUUGAAGGCAUAUCGGUCCCUAUCUGUGUUGUCGAUGCUCUUGACGAGUGCGAGCACGAUUGCAAGCUGCUCCUGAGGCUCAUUAUCAAAACAAGCAGUCACGUAAAGUGGCUGCUUUCGAGUCGGAAUGUUAAAGACAUCGAACGAGGACUACGGUUAAUUGAACCCGCUCGGAGGCUAAACUUGGAGCUAAAAGAGAACGCCGAGAACGUCUCCAAAUCCGUUGACAUUUAUAUCAACAAUUCCAUUUCGGGUAUCGAAGCCCUGGAAGACGAUGAGGAACUUCAAACCAAAACAGUCGCAACGUUGGAACGCAAAGCAAACGGCACAUUUUUAUGGGUAGCCCUCGUGAUUGAACAAUUGCGGGACACAGACCGUCGAAAUGUCGAAGAAUACAGCGAGCCAACGCAAAGCUAA